CUGGCCAGCAGGCGGCGGUAAGCCUUCACUCGACCUGCGCUAAAGGAAUCAUUAAGCGUUUAAAUGGUCUUUGUUUUGGGAGGAUUGCCAGCCCCCAGUCUUCCUAUUUGAAAACUAAAGAACAAAAUGUAUGACAGGUACCAGUCCAGCCAGCAGCACCCCGAGGCGCAGCAUGUGAUGUCUUAUCACAACAUGGGCCACUACGCAGAAGGGCCCAGAGAUGACCUCGUAAUGGCCGAGCUGUCUGUCCACCGGGAACCGCCCGUCUACCAGGAACCUUUUUACCAGAACUAUAACCCCCCGACCCAAAAUCACUACCAGGACCUGAGCUACCAGCCGCACGCCAGGGAGCAGCAGCAGCAGCAGCAGCAUGAGCAGCAGCAGCAUCCUGCACACCUGCACCACCCUCAGCACCAACAUACAAUACAGCAGCUGGAGCCGAGUGUUCAGCACCAACCUCAGCCGGCUGCCCCCUCCCAAGCUGCGACGCCGGUGAAGAAGAAGAGGGGCCGACCGCCGAAGCAGCCGGCCGAGGACGGCAAGACGCAGGAGGGGGAGAAUGAGGUCGAGGCCGCGAAGAAAGCCAAGAGGGCUCUCAACCGCUUCAACGGCAUGUCGGUGGCUGAGGUUAUGGCCAAAACCCUCCCCGACGUCAUCACCUACAAUCUCGACAUUCUUAUAAUUGGAAUUAACCCAGGACUAUUGUCAGCCUUCAAAGGACGCCAUUAUCCGAACCCAGGAAACCAUUUCUGGAAAUGUCUGUUUCUCUCCGGUCUAACCGACGAGCAGCUCAACUUCAUGCACGACCAAAGUCUGCCGGAGAAAUAUAGCAUCGGCUUCACCAACAUGGUGGAGAGGACCACGCCCGGCAGCAAGGACCUCUCCAGCAAGGAGAUUCGAGAAGGAGGUCGACAGUUACUUGACAAGCUGCAGAAGUACAAACCGUUAAUAGCAGCUUUUAAUGGAAAAGGCAUUUACGAAAUCUUCUGCAAAGAAACCUUCGGGGUGAAGGCAAAGAAUCUCGACUUUGGCCUGCAGCCGUACAAAAUCCCAGAAACUGAAACGGUCUGCUACUUGAUGCCGUCCUCCAGCCCUCGCUGCGCCCAGUUCCCCCGCGCGCAGGACAAGGUUCACUUCUACAUCAAGCUGAAGGAGCUGCGGGACCAGAUGAAAGGCCUGAUGCCCAAGGUCGAGGUGGAGGAGACGCAGUACUCGUUCGACCUGCACUUAGCAAAAGAGGACGCUAAGAGGAUGGCAAUCAAAGAGGAGCAGGUGGAUCCAGAGUACGAAAGCUGUGCCGAGGUGCGUGGGGACGCGAGGCAAAGCAGCAACUCCACCAACUGAGAGAGGCCGAGGGGAGGGGAGCGAAAGGGCCGGUCUGCAGUAGCACACAGAACUGCGCGGCUCAUCUUCUCGGUUUGCUCUGCGGCGUCUCGCAGAAAUGGACUUUCAGCGGACGACGCGGGAGCGCUGCACCCGGAGAGGUUCGCUGAGCAGACACCGGAUAUCAGCUGUGCAAGUAGCAUGACGCAUCAACGAGGGCGAGAAGCCUUCUGAUGACACCGCAACUAAAGAGAGGUCCUUCCUCCUGAGGCCUCGCGCUGAGACGCACAAGAGAGGAAGUGCCCGGCGCGGUUACAUUUUCUAACUCUCAAACAGACUGCAUGUUUUUGGUGUCAUUUUUUAUCACUAUUUAUUGCAUUUUGUAUGGUACACGUGUCCAGUGACUUAUUUUUGUAUUUUGAAAGAACGACAUUUUAUGAUUUAUCAGCUGUAAAAAUAGGUAAUUGUACACGGGAGUUUCUAAUCAAUAAUUACAGAGUUAUUAAAUCUCUUCUAAAGCUGG